CUGUUAACGUGAGUCCUCUUCUACCGUCGGAUUACAGCCGAGGCGGCACGCUAAAGGACUUCUUCUUAGUCAUUAAACGUCGAAUUAAACCAACAUACCAACAUGAGUGGACUGAUCUGCCUCACCACAGAAAGCAUCUGGUUUGACAAAAACCGCUACGAUGAGGCAGAAAAGCGUUUCUACGAGGGAGUCAAUGGACCCGCCACGCAGCAGCAGCAGCAGGCCAAAGGUCGCCAGCAGAAACGGCGGCACAGAAACUCAUCCUCACAUGCAGGAGACCAGGAGCUGGUUUCACGCAUGAAGAGCCUGGAGCUGGAGAACCAGACCCUGCACAAAGUGGUGGUUGAGAUGAGGGCAGCCCUGCAGAAGCUGGAGUCCAGAGUGGCUGUGCUGGAGAAGAGCCCAGCACCAGCAGCCAUCCCUGCUGCAAAGGCUGCUCCAGUCAAACAGGAAAAAGUGGAAAAUGGUGACGAUGAUGAUGACAUAGACUUGUUUGGCAGCGACGAGGAAGAUGAGGAGGCAGAACGUAUAAAGCAGGAGCGCUUGGAGGCCUACGCAGCCAAGAAGGCAAAGAAACCAGCUCUCAUUGCUAAGUCAUCCAUCCUGCUGGAUGUCAAACCCUGGGACGAUGAGACAGAUAUGGCCAAGCUGGAGGAGUGUGUGCGCUCGGUGCAGAUGGACGGGCUCCUGUGGGGAGCUUCCAAGCUGGUGCCAGUCGGCUACGGCAUCAAGAAGCUGCAGAUCAGCUGUGUGGUUGAGGACGACAAAGUUGGCACAGACAUCCUGGAAGAGGAGAUUACCAAGUUUGAGGACUAUGUCCAGAGUGUCGAUGUUGCUGCCUUCAAUAAGAUCUAAGCUCCACCAGCCCUUCACCUGCUCCACCAAAGUGUUGUUGCUGCUGCUGCUUCGGGUGUGUGGUUAAUAAAAAGAAAAGCAAAUCUUUGAGCACAAA